AUGGCGGUGUCACGCUUAGGUCUGCGUCUCCUAGCGUGUACACUCUGGGUCAGUGUAGUGGCCUAUACGGCCUCCUGGAUUCAAAGACAUGUCCCGGAGCCUUACAUGGAUGAAAUCUUUCAUGUCCCACAGUUCACGCACUAUUGCCAGGGCAAAUGGACAUGGGAUCCUAAGAUCACGACCCCAGCUGGGCUAUACCUUGUUACCUUGGCGGCACAUACUGUCCUCUCGUCCUUAGGCAUGCCACUUGCCUGUACCGACCUCGCAUGGAUUCGUUGGACCAAUGCAGGAGCAUUGCUCUUCCUGCCGAUCUUAUGUUUCUUUCUACUGCGUGCCACGCACCGACACAUGGAUACACUGACGCCUUUGGUAUGCGCAUCCCUACCGCCACUGUACUUCUUUGGAUUUUUGUACUAUACGGAUGUUUGGAGCGUCGUCACCAUUCUGGCAGCCCUGGCAGCAAUGGAGCAUCGGCAACAUGUCCUAGCCUCUCUCCUGGGCUUUGUCUCCCUCUGGUUCCGUCAGACCAAUAUAGUGUGGGUCGCUUUUGUGAUGGGGGCAGCAUUGGUCAAGGAUAUGCAGCGCCUAGCGCGCGUGCCUUCCCACAUCACACCCCCACUCCUACGCCUCGCCCAGUCCUGGGCUACGUACCCUGCGCUGGGCCGUACGGCGGUGAUAUACCUGCCGACCUUUGUUUGCUUUGGUGCUUUUAUGGUCUGGAAUCACGGUACCAUUGUGCUUGGUGAUCAAAGUCAUCAUCAGGCCUCCUUGCAUUUGUCGCAUGUGAAUUAUUUCUUUGCAUUUGCUCUCUUUUUCGGCGCGCCUGUUCUUGUUUCCCACGCGUAUACGCGAGUUUCCUCCCGUCUGGUAAUGCUAAGCAUAGCACUAGGCGCUCUCAGCACCUUGGCAGUGCGAUAUGGCACUGUGGUUCAUCCCUUCCUUCUUGCUGACAACCGACACUACACCUUUUACGUAUGGCGUCGCAUUAUCAAUCGCACUUCAUGGAGUCGGUACGCUCUUGUGUCUAUAUAUACCAGCAGCGCCUUGCUAUGGUACAAGGCGCUCUCAGUGAAGCAGUGCACACUUUGGAUUCUUGGAUGGUGUAUGGCUACAUGCCUCACUCUCAUCCCCUCGCCCUUGAUGGAGCCUCGCUAUUAUCUUGUACCGUAUAUGAUACUACGCUUGUAUGUGCCUGCGCCACCAAAGAUCUGGCUCUACGCCGAGGCUUUGUGGCUGGUAUGUAUCAACCUGGGCACCAUAUGGGUGUUUGGUCAGCACACAUUUGCGUGGCCGCAGGAAGCAGGACUUCAGCGGUUCAUGUGGUAA